CUUUAAGGAUAGGAUAGUUUUACCUGGAAAAUAGUGACACCAUCGAUCAUUUACGUGACCCACUUUUUUUUAUUUUUUAUUUUUUAUUUUUAUCUUCCUGAAUACGUAGGAGUUUAGGACUCAAAACAGCUUCUGUUUUUGUGUUGAAAACGCUGACACACUACGCUUCUUCUUUGACUCUCUAAACCAAUAUAAAUUGGCGUAUCCUUUGCUUCACUUCACUUACUCUCCAUAUUGCUUUUCUUUCUUCAAAUGGAGAAGCUUCAUCAUUUUGUCUUCAUUCUCUUAUUCCUAGUCCUUGUUCAUAGAGGAAAGGUAUUAGCUUUGAAGAGCCAAGAUGGAUCAGAGGAAUGGGGAUACGUACAAGUCAGACCCAAAGCCCACAUGUUUUGGUGGCUUUACAGAAGUCCCUAUAGAGUGGAAGACCCCUCUAAGCCAUGGCCAAUUGUUCUAUGGUUGCAAGGAGGACCUGGUGCUUCAGGAGUUGGGAUUGGAAAUUUUGAGGAGGUUGGGCCUUUGGACACAAGCUUGAAGCCACGCAAUUCCACAUGGUUGAGAAAAGCAGAUCUCUUGUUUGUGGACAAUCCAGUUGGAACGGGGUACAGUUUUGUGGAGGACAAAAAGCUCUUUGUGAAAACAGAUGAGGAAGCAGGCACUGACUUGACUACAUUGUUGAUUGAGAUAUUCAAUGGGGAUGAGAAACUGCAAAAGAGCCCUCUGUUCAUUGUGGCAGAGUCAUAUGGCGGCAAAUAUGCUGUCACUCUUGCGUUAUCUGCUCUCAAAGCUAUAGAAGAGGGGAAAUUGAAGCUUAUACUUGGAGGUGUGGCAUUAGGAGACAGUUGGAUCUCCCCAGAAGAUUUUGUGUUCUCAUGGGGUCCUCUCCUCAAAGACCUCUCAAGACUUGAUGAUAAUGGACUGCAAAAAUCAAACAGUAUAGCUGAGAGGAUCAAGCAGCAACUUGAGGAGGGUAAAUUUGUUGAUGCCACCAACUCAUGGAGUGAACUUGAGUCAGUGAUUUCUGCUAGCAGCAACAAUGUGGACUUCUACAAUUUUUUGGAAGAUGAAGGAAGUAAUGACUUAUCAGCAAUGGAGUUGGGGUUAUACAAAGAAAUAUCGAUGAAGAGGUACUCAAGGUAUCUUACUUUCUUGAGGUCAAGGUCAACUCCUGGUGGUGAUAAUGAUCUUGACGAGUUACUAAACGGUGCCAUAAAGAAAAAGUUGAAGAUCAUCCCUGAGAAUGUCACAUGGGGAGGGCAGUCAAAUGAUGUUUUUACAUACCUUGAAGGUGAUUUUAUGAAACCAAGAAUUAAUGAGGUUGAUGAACUGCUGGCAAAAGGAGUCAAUGUGACUGUGUACAAUGGACAAGUUGAUCUGAUUUGUGCAACCAAGGGGACUGAAGCUUGGGUUAACAAAUUAAAGUGGGAAGGGCUUAAAAAUUUCUUGGGGAAAGACAGAACACCCCUCUACUGUGGAAGUGACAAAUCGACGACCAAAGGCUUUGUUAAGUCAUACAAAAACCUUUACUUCUAUUGGAUCCUCAAAGCUGGACAUUUUGUACCCACUGAUCAACCUUGCGUCGCACUAGACAUGGUGGGUGCAUUUACACACUCACCAGCUACAUGACAUUUCCAUACAAAACCAAAUAAAAACACUAGUCUUUGGAAGAUGAAGCAGCAACGUUCAAGAGUCAACAACACAAACUGGAACAGGAUCAAGCACUCAACAGCAAUAAAAAUGACUCAUCAAAGUGAUCCAUGCUAUUCAUUGUUUGCUUUACCAUUCCAUUCUUUUAGAAUGUCAUAAUUAAUCAUAUAUAUAUACUUUUUUUUUAUCUUACAAAGUCUGUGCCUUCAUUA